AUGCUUAGAAAGAACAGAUUCAAGAAACAAGUGUUUGAUGAUAUUAAAAUAGAAAGAGAGGUCGACAUGCGUAAGCGGAUCCAUUCCAUAUACAACAAGUCAGAGGAGGACUUCUCAGACCUCAAAGAGUAUAACGCUUACCUUGAAUACAUAGAGAACCUCAUCUUCAAUCUUGCGAAUGGAAUUGAUGUGGAGAAGACUGAAGAAGAAAUCACGAAGUACGAAAAUGAGCACAAGAUUGAGAUUCUAGAAAGAGCCAUGAGAGAGAGUGAGAAAGACGCUGACAUCACUAAAUACCAGGAAGCAACCGAAAGGCUAAGGCAGGAAAAGCUCAAGAUUCAAAGGCAAAUGGAGUUGGAAGAUAUGGAGUUCCAACAGCAGCAGAAGCAAGAACUAAUGGAAAGGUUAUCAUCCUCGGAUGCAAAUGCCGAAGAUAUAUUGAAGGAGCAAAGAAGUCAGCAAGCAAAAAGAAUAAGUCUCAGGAAGAAACAGCUACAGCAAAUCUCUAAUCAAUUGGAUCAACAAUUCGCAUCUGUCAGUGGAUUGGCCAAGAAUGGAAAAGACAAGGCAGACAAGACACCAUUCACUCCCUUCCAGGGCGACAGGGAUCUACAAAAAAGGUAUUCGUUUCUUGGAGCAUCUGCUGAUGCUGUCAAAGAUUCACAUGACGCAUAUUAUGACCCUUAUGUCAACAAGCUUGCCAAGAAUAGGGAAUAUUUGGGCAGUGGCUGGCGCAUAGAGUUAGUUUUGGAAAGAGCAUUGGAUGAAGCCUUCAUGGGCUUGAACUGUUUCAUCGAGAAGGAAAAACAGUUUGAAGUUACGACAGUAUAA